UCAGGAAGUUAUGAACAUUGCGAAUUAGAACAGAAUCGAUUAUCACAACGAUCUCAGCAACAAGAACAAGAUAUUGAAGAUGGUAAUAAUUCUGCGGAAGAAGAAAUGGAAACUGAAGAACUAAUUCCUUUCGAUCAAGAUAAUGUACCUCCUUAUCAUCGUUCAAAUCAUACACCUCCGAGAGAAUUAGCCCAAACUAGACGAUCUUCAAUUACACUUGGAAGAUCUCAAAAUACUUCACGUUCUUUAACAGGUAAGUUGUUUUUCUAUUCUAGUGAGUAG